AUGUUUACAAGUAAUGUGGCAGAAAAUGUGCUGAACAGUAGCAGAGUGCAGAAUGCCAUUGUAGAGGAGGCUUCAGAAAUGUCUGCUAAAGGUGGUUUCUACAAUGUAAUGAGUUUUAAAGUCAGUACAUCUUUAUAUGCACAUUUCUGCUUGGUGAAAAUUGUUUCUGAUUAUAACAGAAGCUUUUUUUGGAAUAUUCAGAUUCACAAAGGCCAACUGGAGAUGGUGAAAGCAGCAACUGAGCUGAAUUUGCCGCUUAUCUUCCUGCCUGUUCACAAAUCUCAUAUCGACUACCUACUUCUCACAUUCAUUCUUUUUUGCCAUAACAUCAAGGCACCUUACAUUGCAGCAGGGAAUAACUUGAACAUCCCCAUUUUCAGCACCUUAAUCCGUAAGCUUGGAGGGUUUUUUAUCCGGCGAAAGUUGGAUGAAAGACCUGAUGGCCGUAAAGAUGUUCUGUACAGAGCCUUAUUGCAUGUGGUAUGUACUCUCCUUUUAAUUGAACUUAUGUUUGAAAUGAUCUAA